UGGCCGGCUCCCCUGCCACGGAGCCCCUUGGCAAUCCGGAUCCGGAUCUGGCACGCUGGGCGGCCGUGGGAGCCAACGCUCGGCGAGGCGAGACGGUGCCCGGACACCCCAAGGGGGACGUGUGCGACCUCGGAAUGUCCCUGCGCUGCCCGAGCCCCCGUGGUGGGGCUGCACCCUGAGCAUCACCCUGGUUUGCUGACCCUUGCACCCAAGGGGUGCCUCGGGCGCUGGGCCACCCGUGCUGGGGACACCCACGCGGGGUGCGAAUGCCCCAGCCUCGGUGCUCCCCACCACGCAACCGCCCGGCUGGGACAGCAGAGCCCGGUGGGGGCACAUCGCUUGCCCACGGGCAAGGCUCCCGCCCUGGCACCAGCUCAGGGCCGAGCUGGCCGAGGGCGCUGGCGGGGGCCCAGCGCCACGGGGGCUGCCCCCGCUCAGCUGUCGCUGUCUGUGACGCUCCCCGUGACGGUCCCGCUCGCCUCAGCCUCACCGCCGGCACCCAGUGCUUGCAGCGCCGGCGGUCCCCACGCAUGGACUUGUGCCACGUCCCCGCCAGCCGGGAGAAGGGCUGGUACCUGGCGCUGAUGGCCCCCAACGUCAAGGGUCCCAACUACGCCUGGCUGGACCCCUCCCGGCUCUACUGUCACCCGCAAGGCUUGCAGGACUGCGUGGCCGACCUGCUGCAGCCCUUCCAGGGAGACCCCAUUGACAUGGUGGCCGGUAUUGAUGCCAUGGGCUUUAUCCUGGGCGCUGCGGCCGCCGCCAUACUACGGAAAGGUUUCCUGGCCAUCCGCAAAGCCGGGCACCUCUGCGUGCAGACGCUGACGCAGCCCUACACCGACUACUCGGGCCGAGAGAAGGUGAUGGAGGUCCGCACCGACGCCAUCUCGCCGGGUCUGCGCAUCCUCCUCGUGGACCAGUGGGUUGAAACUGGGGGCACCAUGCGAGCAGCCAUCCAGCUGGUGGAGCGGCUGGGGGGGGUCGUGGCAGGCGUCGCCGCCAUCUGCAUCGAGGACAGCGAGGGCGGGCGGUGGAUCCAGGAGCACUACAAGUGUGCCCACUGCGUCCCCCCCCGCCUGCAGCCCCGCUUCGACCGCCACCAGUUCGGCUGGGACUGACGGUGGGGCUGGUACCUCACGUGUCCCCUGUAUCCCCCCUGUGGGGUGCAGGGCUGCUGGCUCUUCAGGGCAGGGAUGUCCAGGGCAUCCACCGCCUGGUUUGGCUUUCACCGUACCCAAGAUGGUAACCCCUCCUCGGUGGCAGCCAUCCUCCCCUGGCUCCAUCUUCCCGCCUGCCCACGAGCCUGGGGGCUGUGCCCGGGAGCAGACCCCAACUGCUCCCCACCCCCCAGCUCCACACCUUCCUUAAAAAGCAUAAAAAAGAUUUUAUUAAGACAAA